CACUUGUUUCUUGUCGGGCCCCACGACUCUAAGUAGGCCGCGACUUUAGAAAGACCAGUACCAAACCAUUGAGUGUCGAACAGUCGGAUGGUGCGCAUCACGCAGUAUCAGCCACCAUUUUUUUUGCACGUAUUUUACCAGCAGGAAUUCGACUUUUGUGCGUUUUAAUGAGGAACCAUAUUGACUGGUUGUGACUUUUUGAUUACGAGAGAUAGUGCGACUGUGAAAACGACCUGCUGACGUUUGGAAAUGGUACUGCUCAACAGGAAUACGGAGAUGGACGAGACAAUGCCACAAACGGUACCAUCGGCCGGUUUCACGCCUCCAUGCGACUACAGCACCUUCGCCGAGAACUUUGACUUGUCGCUCUUGCCCUGUGUGUCGCCCUCCACACAGUUCUACAAUCAGGUCGAGGUGGAGAAGCCGAAGAUCUUCGCCAGUUUCCAUCAAGGCGUCAAAAACCCAGAACUGAGCCCUGACAUACCGAAACUGUUGCUUCCCGAGGACAAAAGCGUCACGAACAUUUAUCUGGAGGUGCCGCAGAAUUAUCCGAACUCACCUGGCAGUUUGUCUCCCUAUUCUCCACACAGUCAGGGGUUGCUGUCGCCGAACGAUCAAUUCUCGGCCUACAGACAAUCUGAGGUUAAUUAUUAUCCCAGCAGUCCGGAGCUAUCUUUGUACACGCCAUCCCCGAAUUCAAUAUAUUCCCGUUCCCCCUGCGCCGGGGAAGAUUACCUGCAGAACGGCUACAAGGAGAGCACGUCGCCUUUGCCGUCGUUCUCGCCGUUCCAGAUCAAAGAAGAGAACUACCUAUCGCCGUGCAGCUUCUCCUCGCCCACCAGUCCCGGGAACUACACCAAUCUAUCAUCGCCGGAACAACAAAUCAACUUGAAGUCGGAAAACCCGGAUGUGCUCCUGUUAGAGAACAAUGCGCUGGAAAAACAAAUAAAACAGGAAAACACCGACUUCUCGAACAUACUGCAGGCAUACAACCAAACAGACACGUUCCGGCAACUCAUCGAGGAGGACCUCAAGAAGACGGAGCACCAGAUUGUGCCGGAGAAGCCGCGCGACCAUCAGCUCCUGCGGGAGGUGCUCAAGGACACCACGUUCCAGAAGAAGUACAACAUCAGGCCCUUCGACCUGGGCUUCAUGAACGGGCAGGACAUCAAAAUGGAGGAGCAGGACGAGAAUGUGGAGGGCGAUUUGAUGAGGAGUUGCAACGAGCAGUUGGCCCGGGAGCCUGUGCUGAACAUGGUAAUCGAGGAGGUCAGGAAGGAUGUCGGACGUACGUGUGCUGCUUUGGGAAUCUCUCCUGACCCCCAAAAGUGGUCGACGGCGAACGUUUUGUCUUGGCUGAAGUGGACUUCCAGCCAGUCGAACCUCCCGGAGCCGUCCGUAGACCAGUGGGACAUUUCGGGCUUCGAUUUGGUGAACAUGCCCGAGGCGGAAUUCACCCGAAGAUCACCACAGGCUGGGGAAAUUUUGCACGCACAGCUUGAGAUCUGGAAGGCCGCUUAUUCGGAGGAAACGUGGCUUCCUGAGACCGCAUCCAGUAACGCCUCCAGUGGAGACAUGUCGGAUGAAGAAGACGAAGACUCUUCCUCGAAACCCGACGCGAAACCGUCAACGUCCCGAAGCGGCGGCUCCCACAUCCACCUCUGGCAGUUCCUGAAGGAGCUGCUCGCGUCCCCCCAGUUACACGGCUCGUGUAUCCGGUGGCUGGAUCGCACCAAGGGCAUAUUCAAAAUCGAAGACUCGGUCAAAGUGGCCCGUUUGUGGGGCAAAAGGAAGAACAGGCCGGCCAUGAACUACGACAAGCUCAGCAGAUCGAUACGGCAGUACUACAAGAAGGGUAUUAUGAAAAAGACCGAACGAUCGCAAAGAUUGGUCUAUCAAUUCUGUCAUCCGUACAACCUUUAAGUUGGGGGAUGUACAUACGGGGUUGGUUAGGGUUGAGGUGUAGGUUAAUCGGCGCGUCGCCUUGAAGUUAUCAGGGUGGCCAGUUAAGUUAAUACUCGUCUGGUAGGGUAUUACUACAGACGAGAUAUGCCAGUUAGGCAUUAAGACGAGUUAUUUUUCACGGAAGGUAAUUUCCUGUUUAGUUUUAUAACUUAAGUUGAAGUUUGCCGUGGAGUAGAGACGAUUUCCGGGAUCUGGAAUUGAGCUGUACGUUUCUGGGUGGAGUCUGAGCUCGGGCUUUUGCUCUGGUGCUCGACUCUUGAAACGACGCCUUUUCCGUGGAGGUCUUUUAGGAAUAUCGUUUCGAAAAACGGUGAUUUUGGUCCCAUAUAUCUAUGAUAUAUUAAGCUUGUAAGUUCUAUGAACGAAUACGAUUUUAAUGUUACAAAAAAGUUUGUUAAGUAAUAACAAUCAUAUUGUUAAGUGGGGUGAACUUUGAAGGGGAUUUUAUUUGUAAAAUUUUGUACUGAAAGAACCAAAAUUUAAUACUCUAAAUGUUUUGUAUAUAGGUUUAAUUUUAUUGAUAAGUCAGUUAUAUUUAAUAUUAUUUAUGUCUUGUUUUAUCAUUUCUCUUAAGUUAUUAUUUAUUGAGUUUAUGCAAUAGAAGCUUUAUAUUAUUCAUCAAGUAUUUAUACAUAUAUUUAUUUUUUUAAUAAAAGUUAGUUUAAACGUAAA